GAGAAAACAUAAUCAAAUAUCUCCUUAAAUUUUCCUGUCAAUUGACCAGAUGAUUUUUCCUUGGCUGUUUAUAUCUAUAUUUUGUAUUUUAGAGUGAUUGUCACCAGAAUGGAGGCGGUCAGGAAGGAGCAACUGGUCUUUGCGACGCAGAAGUCUUUAAGGAUGAACCGAAAGAAAGGUUUUUCUAAGUCUCGCUGCUUGCAGCUUGCCGCUGAAAUCCUAGCUGUCGACUCCGGGCUGAAGCCUUCCUUCUUGUUUGAUUAUUGUGCAUCAAAUGCAGAACAGAUCCAGAACUAUGUCCAGGAGCUGUGGAAAACUGGGCUUCUCUCCGAACAACUACACGUCCUCAGCAUACAAGACAACAUCUUAAUAACAAACUUGAACAGAACCAUCAGACACUUGGAACGAACACUGCAGGGAGAUGGUGUCCCAGUCAUUGAUGUUUCGUUGCACAGGAAGACACCACAACUGGCAGAGUCCUGGGUGACACAGCAAGUCGAGGCCCAGGUGGACAUUAUUUGGAAGCACCUGAAAUCACAGGUAAUUCACGCAGAGAUGAGCACACCAGGUGUUGUUACCACCAGUGAGAUUUUCUCACCCGAGUGGAAUCUGUGUACUGUAUUUGGGUUUCUCCUUGGCUUCCCUGCUUCAUAUUGGUUUGAUUUUAACCAGAGUUUUGAGAACUGUCUGGGCAUGACUCAACUUCGGGCUUUCUCUGUCUCUGCUAUUUGUCCCAGAAUCACUGAGAACCUUAAGCAUCGGAUGUACUCAUUCAGUGUCCCCGAAAACCUUUAUUUGGAUUUACAGAGCAUGCUGGAGACUUGGCGGAGGAAUCUACAAUCAGACUUUAACAAGCAGUCCUCAUUCUCGGAUCUCUGCAUCUCCACAGAGGUAGUCUGUCUGCCGGGGAUUACCCUGUAAAUAUUCUGUACAACAACACGUCUUUAAUUAAAAACAUAAAUUCCCCCUUAACAAAGA